AUGGAGAAGAGAUGGGCCCUUAAAGAACCACAAACAUAUGUCCCUCCGACAAAGCGUCCAGACAGAAAAAUAAUCAGAUGGAAGGCCCCUCCAAGGGAUUGGACAAAAUUAAACUUCGACAGUGCUAGUAAGGGGAAUCCGGGUCAAUCUGGUAUAGGAGCCAUAAUCCAAGAUGAGCAGGGCAAUAUCCUUCAUGGGUUGUUUGGUGGCAUUAGAGUUGCCAUGAACAAUGAAGUAGGGAUUCGUGCACUAGAGGCAGGACUCCGUCUUUGUAUUAGGCAAAGACUCUCUCGAAUCAUAAUAGAGGGUGACUCACAGAUUAUAAUAGAUGGGAUCAGGCAGUCAAGUUUACAUAACUGGAAGCUUAAUAAAUGGGUUCCAAUGAUAAAAGAGCAUUUGAGAACAAUUGAGAGCUACGAGAUUGGGCAUGUCUACAGAGAAGGCAAUCAGGUGGUUGAUUACCUUGCGAACCUUGGAGUUGGAGGAAAUGAUGACCUUAUUUAA